AUGGCCCUCCCGACACCUUCGGACUGCACCCUCUUCGCGGAAGCCCGGGGACGGUGGUGGCGAAGGAGACUCGUUUGGAACCCGAGCCUAAGAGAGGCUCUGAGAGCCUGCUUUGAGCGGAACCCGUACCCGGGCAUCGCCACCAGAGAACGGCUGGCCCAGGCCAUCGGCAUUCUGGAGCCCAGUGUCCAGAUUUGGUUUCAGAAUGAGAGGUCACGCCAGCUGAGGCAGCACCGGCGUAAAUCUUGGCCCUGGCCCGGGAGACGCGGCCCGCAAGAAAGCAGGCGAGAGCCGACCGCCGUCACCGGAUCCCAGAUCGCACUGCUCCUCCGAGACUUUGAGAAGGAUCGCAUUCCAGGCAUCGCCACCACGGAAGAGCUGGCCAGAGAGACGGGCCUCCCGGAGUCCAGGAUUCAGAUCUGGUUACAGAAUCGAAAGGCCAGGCACCCGGGUCAGGCUGGCACGGUGCCCGGCAGUCAGGUGGCCUGUGCAACGUGGCCCCCGGCGGGUGUCACCCUGCUCACUCGUGGGUCACCUUCGCCCACAUCGGCGCUUGGGGAAUGGGUUGUGGGGGUGGGGAGGGGUUGUCAGGCUGUGGUGGGGUGGUGGAAAGGCAAGAGAGCUCUGCCCGGGCUGCUUCGACAGCCCAGGUGGCUGCCGGCAAACCUGCGCGUGCGCACCCUAGAAGGCAGGAAUCCCAGGCCGGUGAGACCUGUGGAGGUGGCGGAGGGAAGACAUGCCCCUCCAUAG